AUGUCCAAGGGCGGAGCAGACGACUUGAUAGAGAUCGAGAUCGAUGAAAGGGAAAAACAAGCAUGCUUGGAGGAGAGCAUGGAGGAACAGACUAUCAUGGCAUCAGAUCUGAUCCAGCAAGACAUUGACAUCAACGAGCCGGUUGGCAAUUUGAAGAGGCUGUUGGAGCCUCGGCUUCAAAUUUCACUAGAUUCGUAUGAAAUAUGCUUGCAAGACAUUCAGUUGCACCCUGAUCACAGCCUCUUUGAUCAGGGUGUCAAAACAGAUGGCACGGUGCAGCUCAGCCUGCAGCUCAUAAGCAAGCCAGGUGAAGAGAAGUUGAACAUCUUGGAGAUUGUGAAGCCCGUGGAGACGGUGGAAGUGGUGAUUGACCCGGACGCGGCGGGUGAGGAAGGUUCGCUGGUGGAGGAGGGGCAGCUCAUCGCCGUGGAACGCUCGGGUCUGUCCGACGAGACCUCAGAGCAGGUGACACGCUGGGCCGCCGCCUUGGAAGGCUAUCGCAAGGAGCAAGUCCGACUCGGAAUACCCUACGAUCCCGUCCUGUGGACGGCCGACCAGUCGAUACACUGGGCCGUGUGGGUGAUGAAGGAAUUCAGCAUCGACGAGAUGGAAAUCGGGAGCAUUCACAUCCCAGGUCGAAACCUCUGCGCGUUAAGCCAGGAAGAGUUUCUCCAGAAAGUACCCAACGGGGAGAUUCUCUGGAGCCACCUGGAACUUCUUCGGAAAUAUGUUUUGGCAAGCCAGGACCAGUCCGGAGGGGACGCCACUGUUACCAUCGAUCAACCUGUGCAGAUCAUCCCAGCCCAGGUUAGCACACCCACGGCAAUUAAAGUGAUGAAGCAGAACCGCGGACCACGAGCGCCCCGCAUUUCGGGAGAGGAGCGCAGCUCGCCUGGCAACCGUACAGGCAACAACGGUCAGAUCCAACUGUGGCAGUUCCUGUUGGAGCUUUUGACGGACAAAGACUCCAGGGACUGCAUCUCCUGGGUGGGCGAGGAGGGCGAGUUCAAGCUCAACCAGCCCGAACUCGUGGCGCAAAAGUGGGGCCAGCGCAAAAACAAGCCGACCAUGAACUACGAGAAACUCAGCCGAGCCCUCAGGUAUUACUACGACGGCGACAUGAUCAGCAAAGUGCAGGGAAAGCGUUUCGUGUACAAGUUCGUGUGCGACCUGCGAACCCUGAUCGGCUACAGCGCCGCCGAGCUCAACAGCCUGGUGGCCGAAUGCGAGCAGAGGAAGAUGUCGCGGUUGCAGAUGCAUGGCAUCGCGCAGCCUAUCACCACUGUCACCUUGGCCACCACAAUGGAAAAGGACAGCUGA